CCGCUCUCUCAUUGGCUGAUUUUUUUUUCUUCCGGAAAACGGAAGCAGAGUUGACAGACGAGCCGGACAUGUCAGAUCUUUGACUUCAUGAAGCUUCGCCUGCUAACCCAACUCUGUCUGGUGUCCUACAAGACCCUCAUCCCAACCUUCUUCCCCAAGAGGUCACUGAACUCUGUUAGCAGGAUGUCCUUCCAAUUGGGAAUGGACCUCCAAAUGGUCGUCUCCAACUUGGAGAAGCUCGCCCCCCUCUCAUUGGCUGAAAGCUGGGACAACGUUGGCUUACUGAUUGAGCCGAGCCCACCACACAUCGUCAAGACGAUGAUGCUGACCAAUGACUUGACAGAGCAGGUGAUGGAUGAAGCCCUGGAGAAGAAGGUGGACUUCAUUCUUUCUUAUCACCCCCCAAUUUUCCGGCCUUUAAAGAGGCUGCGCUCUGGCACUGUGAGGGGAGCCUGGAAGGAGCGGCUGGUUGUGACAGCGCUGGAAGGCCGGGUUGCCGUUUACUCCCCACACACGGCCUGCGACUGCGUCUGCGGUGGUGUCAAUGACUGGCUGGGCCAAGCUCUGGGUCUUGGGUCGGUGGUCCCAAUAAGCCACUCCAUCGCUUCAUCAACCCCAAGUGGCGCAAGUCACCGAGUGGAGUUGAGCAUUGGGAGGGAUGUGGAUGCAGAGGAGAUCCUCAGUCGUCUGAAGUCAGUGGAGGGGGCUGGUGUGCAGGUGUGCACUGUCAGGUCUGACUCUGAGGACCUGCUUCGCGUGAUGGUGAACUGCACAGGCCCAGCCUUGGCCUGUGCUCUUGGUCUUCUGUCCCCUUACACCUCUAUCUAUCAGACUGUAGAGGUGUUAGCCCUCAGUAAGCCUCCAGUUCCAAAUGCUGGCCCUGGACGCUUGUGUACGCUGGAUGAGCCUGUCACCAUAGCAACAGCACUACAGAGAAUAAAAGCCCAUCUCCGGCUGCAGCACGUCAGGCUGGCGCUGGGUGCGCAGUGCACUCUGGAGUCGCUGGUCAGAACUAUGGCUGUGUGUGCGGGCUCUGGAAGCUCAGUGUUAAAUGGAGUGAAAGCGGACCUUUACCUGACAGGCGAGAUGUCCCAUCACGAUGUCUUAGAUGCGGUCGCCACUGGGACCAGCGUUGUUCUCUGUGACCACAGCAACACGGAGCGGGGCUACCUGUCCCAGUUGGGGGAUCAACUGAAGACCCAGUUGGAGGGCAAGGUCGACGUGCUGAUUUCAGAGAGUGACAGGGAUCCAUUGCAAGUGAUGUGAUGCCAGCUUGCAGAAUAAAAAAAUGGUAGAGGUAAAGCAGCCUGUUGCAGUUCUUUG